AUGGAUUGCAUGCGUGAUCAGCUCCAGGCAGGUGUUGUACUCCAUGGCCGAUACGAAACCGCCAAGGACCUCGUCACCGAUGAACUUGUUGCCAUCAAGGUUGUCACCAAGCCCUCCGCUGCUGUAAACUGCCCGUCUGCAUUCGCUGUCGACGAGCGUUCUGAAGAGCUUGGCGUCCACCUUCGCCUUGGUAGCCACCCCAACGUUGUCAACCUUCUUCAGUCUUUCGAGACUGAGAACCACAUCUAUUUGGUGUUGGAGUACUGCUCCAAUGGCGACCUUUACGAGGCCAUUCGCUUUGACAAGGGUCCUCUGGAGACCGAGCAUGUUCGCGACUUCAUGAUGCAGCUGGUGGGCGCCGUUGAGUUCAUCCACUCCAAGGGCGUCCAGCACCGCGACAUCAAGCCCGAGAACAUUUUCCUUUGCCAGGAUGGCUCGAUGAAGCUUGGCGACUUUGGUCUUGCUACUUUUGAUGCCUGGUCUUGGGAGAUUGCUGUUGGCAGUGACCGUUACAUGGCUCCUGAGCAGUAUGAUCCCACCAAUGCUGGCUACUCCACUGCGAAAGCCGACAUCUGGGCUAUUGGCAUCUGCAUGCUCAACGUGCUGUUCCAGCGCAACCCCUUCGCUGUCCCAGCGUCUUCGGAUCCUCUCUACGCCGACUUCGUUUUCGACCGCCAGAGCCUGUUCGAUGUCUUCCCCAACAUGUCCCAGGAUACCUAUGAGGUUCUCAGGCACUGCUUGGCUAUCGACCCAGAGAAGCGUGACAUCAAUGCCGUCAAGGACGCCCUUGCCCGCGCCAUCACCUUCACUACCGAUGACGAGGCUCUCGACGAGUUCUGCACCGAGGAGCAGCGCGAGCCGUUUGCUGUUGGCGCCAACCGCGAACCCCUCCGCACCCCCUCUAUCAGCACUCCAUCGCUUGAUAAGGGUGGCUCGUUCCCGUGGGCUAAGGCUCUCGCCAUGUCUCCACCGCAGCACUUCCGUCAGCUCUCGGUCAUUCCCGACACUGAGAUCUACUCUGACGACCUGUUCCCGGCUUCUGAUUACGCUGUCAAGCCCGAGCAUGCCUCAGCCGUAUCUUUUGUGGACUCUGGUUUGGGCUUAUCUUUCAAGUCGAUUGACGUCACCGAACGCAGUGAGCGCGAGCCAAUCAACUUCACGCGCUCCAAGCCGAUGCCUAUCUCUGGCUCCCUCCCAGCCAAGCCCUUCAACAGCAUGUCAUCCGUCUUCGGUAAGAAGCGUGAUGUGUUUUCGAAGAGCUGGAGCGACCUGUGGGAGGAGGAGGACGAUGACGCGCAGUUCAUCGCUGAGCUUGAGAACAACUUCCACAGCUUCAAGGCCGAGAAGCCAGCGAAGCAGGUUGUCUCAGAGGCCGGCUCCGGCGUCUCCACUCCUCGGGGUGGUUUGUCGGAGGUCAAGAACCCUGCCACUGUUCACAACAGCAGGGGUCGCUCGCCGAUAAAGCGCCGAGAGGUUGACCACGUCAGCGAGAACACCGGCUUCAUCUUCGAAGAGGAUCAAACCUCGGCGCAUGCACGCAACUCGCCCUCAAAGAAGAUGCACGGCGCGGACAAGUGGGCUGCGCUCGGAGAUCGUCGCCGUGGCCAACCAUCGCCGACCAAGGAGUUUGCGCCUAUGACUCCUUCCAGGUCCACCAAGUCGCCCAAGCAACCUCAGCCAUCCCCGCCUUCUGCUCGGAAGCGGAGCCGGACUGGCACGUGGAGACGACCGAUCAAUUGGGGUCCCAGCCAGCACGAGAAUAUUCCCAAGGUCCCUGACAUUCCCAAGGUUCCUGCUGUGGACAACAAAUACAAGAGCAUGGAAUGGCGCCAUUACAACAAUCCACCCCUUAUCGUGGACGACGACAUUGGCGACCUUGAGUGGGUGUGGUAG